AUGAAGGUUUCUUCUGCCCUGUUGCUUCUCACCACAGGGCUCACAGCAUUUGCCCAAUCUUUCGUAUCCCCACCCAAAAACAUCAAAACUGUGCUAUCCGAGAAGUUCAAAGGAGCAAGCAUCUCGUACAAGAGAGUCAACAAUGUUUGUGAAACGACAAAGGGUGUUGACUCAUACUCUGGAUACGUGCACCUCCCAAGCUCCUUUGUGCCCGAUGCUGGUGGCGCGAAAGGGCUGCCCGAGAAUGGCAGCGUGAAUUAUUUCUUUUGGUAUUUUCCGGCUCGAAAUGAACCACAGAACGCUCCGACUGCGAUGUACUUUGGCGGUGGACCUGGGUACAGCGGAUUUGAUGGAUCGUCAGUCUUCCCUUGCUUUUUCAAUCCCGACUCGAACUCAACCACACUGAACGAGCACUCUUGGAACAACAAUGCCAACAUACUCUACAUCGAUAAUCCUUCGGGAGUGGGUUUCUCGUACACAACCUUAGCCAACGGAACACUUGAUACCAUGACGAAUACAUUCGAACCUGCCUACAAGAACAAUAGUACCACGGAGUCUAUCACCGAUGUUGACGAACUCAAAGAAAUUGGUCUUUCAAAGAUACCAGCCACGAUGCAUGUGACUGAUCCAUCCACUACUAUCAAUGGCACAAGGGCGGCUGCCAGUACAAUCUGGAGGUUCUCCCAGGUUUGGUUCAACGAGUUUCCUGAGUACCGCACGAAAAACAAAGAGAUAGGGAUCUGGGGAGUUUCGUACGCCGGUCUUUACACCACCAUGUUCACCACCUAUUUCCUUCAACAGAAUAAGCUUAUUAAAGAUGGGAAGCACGAAAUAAAAGAAGCAACCGAACUCAAUGUGAAAACCGUGGGUAUCAUAAAUGGCUUGACGGAUAUUGAACCUAUGGCUUUAGGGUGGCUGGACUACGCCAUGAACAACACGUACGACCACCCCAUGAUCGACGAAGAGACAUAUAAAACUCUCCUGACCUCGAUGACGGAUCCGAAGGAGGGCUGCUUUGCUCUUCUCAAUUCUUGCAGAGCUGCUCAAGCUCGAGGGGAUCCAGAAAUGAAAGGCAACGAUCCUGUGGUCAACAAGGCCUGUGCAGCAGCCUCGGUUACAUGUCUGAGCAUUGCUUUCGAGAGUGUGGACAAUACAACACUUUACUACCCGUUUGACAUCUCGGUCGAGAAACCCGGGUCAUCUCCUGACGAGUACGAGGCAGCUUUCUUCAACCAGAAAUGGGUACAGGAAGAGCUCGGUGUGCCCCUAAACUACACAAGAGGCAACGAUAAAUUUCCCGAGGUAUUCUUUGGAGCAACAGGCGAUCCGGCUCGCUAUGACCUCUCGCACUUGGGCAAGAUUCUGGAUAGUGGCCUCAACGUGGCUAUGGUGUAUGGCGACCGUGACUAUCGCUGCAACUGGUUCUCUGCUGAGAAUGCAUCCCUCCACAUCCCUUUCAACGACGCCAAAGCAUUCGCCAGUGCUGGCUACGCUGAUAUCAUUACCAACUCGUCCUACAAAGGCGGUCUCGUCCGUGAGCACGCCGGUCUUUCUUUUUCUCGCGUCUUUCAAGCUGGCCACAGCGCUGGUGGGUACCAGCCUGAGACAGUUUCCAGAAUCUUUGAGCGUGCCAUGUUCCGGAAUGACGUGGCAACGGGGAAAGUCAAGCUCACAAAGACGGGAAACUACCAGACAAAAGGAAAGCUUGAUGUGCGAGAUGUUAGGAAUAAGCUGCCUGCAUCUCCAGAGAAUGUUUGCUACGUUUUACAGCCAGCUGGUACCUGCACUGAAGAACAAAAGACGGCUUUGGUCAAUGGAACGGCAGAGACUAAGGAUUGGGUCGUCACUUCACCAAAGGGAGUGAAGGGCGGGGAAGAAGGCAAGGAGAAGAAUGGCAGUGACACUGAGGAAAGCAAAAAUGGGAAGGACGGUGAUGUGAAAGCAAACGUUGCUAUGGGUCUGGGUUCCAGCUUGGGCCUUACUAUGGCUUUUCUAGGUGUCGUGGUUGUGCUUUUGGGGGUUUGA